GGUGCGCGUUGCGGGCGGACCGCACUGGCCGCCCUGCGCUCCGUGAGGGGCGUGUGUGCAAGCCGCGCACCCGCGGGCUCCAUGUUCACCGAACUGAGGUCAAAGCUGAGCCCCCCGCGAGCCCGCGCCGGGGCUGUGCGUACGGGCUUCGGGGAGCGCCCGGAUGUGGACGCCACUGCCCACUUCAGCUUCUGCCAGACCCUACUGGAGCACACGGUAUCAGCUGAGAACAUACCCUGCCACCUGCCUCGGACACCAGGCACCAGCCUCACAUGGCAUGACUCUCGAAGCCAGAGGGCAUCCAACAGCAGGCCAAUCAAGCUCCUACAACAGCCUGGCUCAGAGACCCCCCAGGCCCGACUAUACUCUGAUCACUAUGGCUUAUAUCAUACAAGUCCCUCACUGGGUGGCCUGACAAGGCCUGUGGUCUUGUGGAGCCAACAGGACGUCUGCAAGUGGCUCAAGAAGCACUGUCCCCACAACUACCUCAUCUACGUCGAGGCCUUCUCCCAGCAUGCCAUCACUGGCCGGGCUUUGCUUAGGCUGAAUGCAGAGAAGCUUCAGCGGAUGGGGUUGACACAGGAGGCCCAGAGGCAGGAGGUGCUGCAGCAGGUGCUCCACCUACAGGUGCGGGAGGAGGGAAGGAGCCUGCAGCUGCUCAGCCAAGCUUCCUUCGGAAACAUGUCCUAGCUGCUGCCCAGACUUGGACCCCCAGACCCCAACACUGUGACCAGAGCCCACGGCCAAGGAUGAGGCAGAGCUGGCCCUACAGCCCCUUUGGAUCCUACAGAAUGCCCUACUGGCUAAACAGCCCAGUGAACAGGCAGGGGCAGGACCACCACCUCCAGAUGCCUCUGAUUGGGCACUCCAGACUCUGCCCUGGGGCUGGGUUGGUGGGUGUUACCUGCUUGUAGCCCCUCCUUCUGGGACCCAAGCCCAGGUUACCCCCCUGGUGCUGCUGGCAGCAAACAGGGCAGUUUCCUGGAGCCAGAAUGGGGUUUGAAUGACCCCAGACUCCCAGGGAGUCCAUUUAUUUAUGUUCCCUCCACCAUGUGACCAUCUCCUAUCCCCUGAGUUAUGAAUCUUCCCCUUAAGCCUUCCAGUUCUGUGUAUUUUCCAGGCAUCUCCAGGUCAGCCACACAGUGGGACAAGCUGCCUUGGUUCCCUUUCAGGUGUAUUCUUCCUCUACCCCUCCCAGAGCCCAGCAGGCCCAACCCAUUAUCCACAGUGAUAGUCAUCAGCCAAGGUAGCAUUGUGUCAAGUGCUUCACUCAAUAAUUAUAAAACAUAACCUAUCCACUCAUGAGAACUUAAGUUGAGAAGGCCCAGGAUGCCCAAGUUCCAAAGACAAAAUGUGGCAUAACACAGAUACACAGCCUACCAGAUGAUGCUCCCAACCUUAUCUUUGGGAAAGUCUUGCUUUUAAGCGUCUUCCCUAUUCCCUGGCUCUUAGAUACCACCUUGGAGAAACAAUUAUCUGUGACUUUCCCAAGAAAACCUGGAUUCACAGGAGAGACUAAUGUAGGACUGUUUCCUCCAUAUGUGCCACCAGACACCUGAACAACCCCUCCCUCCGUGGUUGGGGACUGGAGCUGCCAGGCAGAGGGUCAGUGAGGAUGACCCUGGCAGCCCACUCUCACUCCUAUGCCUUCUAACUUCCCCAGGGACUCUUAAAAUCUCAGGGACAGUUGAGGCUCAGCCUCCAGUCCCCUCUAUGUGUCCAGAGCUAGCCUCAGAACUUGAGGUUGCUCAUGACAAUUCCCAAAUGGAAUUUGGACAACUGGCCUGGCAACUCCCAUCUUGUAUGCCCUCAGCAUAUUGAUGGGCUCUCUUGUGUCUGUCUGCCUCUAGUGUUCCCACCUACCUGUGACUUCAGCCAGAAAGUCCAUCUUUGCCCCCUUUCUCCCUCCUCUUGUCUUGUCUAUCGUAUGCUUCUGUCCUGUCUUCCUUGGUUUUCAGUCAACUUUUUAUACUCUGACAAAAAAAAAAAAAAAAAA